AUGUUUGCAAACUGCGUCUGCGCCGCCUUUGGCAGACGAGAUGGAGGCACACGCCUGCCGCUAAGAUUCACCGACGCCGCCCUCGGUGAAAAAGUACUCAGGGGGUGGGCGGAGCAGACAUUUGGUGAAGGCCAGUGUCAAUGCACACCUCAAGAAAAGCGGUACGCCUUUACAGCAGAGCGUGUGUUUGUGCGUGUGCAGGAGCGGCCGCCGCUGAGCCUGCAGCUGGCGGAGAGCGUCUCUUUGGGGGCGCGGCUUGCGCUCUCACACUGCCAGCAGCAGUUCCGCUGGAGGCCCUGGAACUGCCCGGCCGCCGACUUCAGCCUGAGGGCGCAGCGGCGCGUGACGCGGGAGGCGGCGCUGGUGUCGGCGCUGACGGCGGCCGGCGUGGCGCACAGCGUCACCAGGAACUGCUCGCGCGGCGACGUGCCGGGCUGCGGCUGCGACGACCGCCUGCCGCAGGGGCUCUCCUACCGCCGCGCAGGGGGCGGAGACGCCGAGCAGGAGGAGCGUCGGCUGCCGGCUGGCGAGAGUCCGCCUGAGGAGUACGCGUGGCAGUGGGGCGGCUGCAGCGAGGCGCCGCUGUACGGCCAGGCGGUGGCCAGGAGGUUCCUGGACGGCAGCGAGCAGCCCAUGGACGCCACCGCCUUCGCCCGCCGGCACAACCACCGCGUCGGCGUCGAGGUGGUGCGAGGCAGCAUGGAGACGCGGUGCAAGUGCCACGGCACGUCGGGUUCGUGCAGCGUGCAGACCUGCUGGCGGCUGCUGCGGCCCUUCCACUACGUGGCGGCCCGCCUAGAGCGCCUCUACCACGACGCCAUCCGGAUUAAUUAUGAUGAGCAGCUGGGAAGCAUUGCAUUGGGAAAUUCUGCCACCAUGGACCAUCCUGAUGUGUCACCAGAACAGCUCAUUUACAUUGAACAGUCACCAAAUUACUGUCUUCCAAACAGAACAUCAGGAUGGCAUGGAGUGAGGGGAAGAUCAUGUCCAAAAGAAGUUUUGGACUCUGGAGAAGUCAAAGACCAUUGCCGAGACCUCUGUGCAGCAUGUGGUUUUGCAGUGUCACAGGAUGCCAGGAUACAGACUGUACCUUGUCACUGUGAUUUUCAAUGGUGUUGCCGAAUAUCCUGCCAGACAUGUACCAGCAAUGUCAAAUACCAUCACUGCAAAUGACAUCAUGGACUAAAUAACAUCAUACACCAGAAAAUGACACACUGUGCCAGUAUGGAUAUCUCAUCUUCAUCCCGUAUUCCAUACGGAUCUUGCAAUUCAAUAAAUUAUUGUGACUCAUGCCACUAUACAUAAGAACCAUGGGCACUGAGUGAUUGUUCUGUUGCAGUGGAAAUUUGUAUAUACUACGAGUUCAGUUCUCAUUUUAAGCUAUUAUUGCACUUUUAUCAUCUGCAUUGCAAAUGCAGUGUACUAUUAUUACUGUGUAGGAAGACUGUGUACAUAAGGUUCAGCAAUGACAGCCGUUUUGUUGAUGUAUGGCUUGAGAGCUUAGAAAACCAUGCAUUUCCUAUACUGUUGCUGUGAUACAAAGAUAAUUUGUCAGCUUCAUCAGUACAUGUGCUGUUACUGUCAUCAGAUAUUGUUUGUGCUGACAACAUGAAUGCAUUAUUAUUAUUUUUGACAGUAUCUGUCAUAUCUAUGUAUUACUGAGGUGAUUGUUGCAUUCAAACACAUAAAUAUUUCUAAAAAUAUAUUGUACUGUUAAUGUAGUG